ACUGUAUUGUAUUCAGUGUGUUAACUUUCCUUUCCCCGAUCACACACAAAUGAGAGAUAUAUUAUACCUUACCUGAUAGCAUCUUUUAUACACAUUGCGCCCGAUGAAGUUUGCUGUUGACAGCCUGAAAUAAACUAAAUCAGUUGUAUCCAGAACGUGAACCUCAAUAGUACUUUUAUUGAAAGAAGAUCUUUUUAGCUGACGACGAGGUUAAAAGUGAAAGUUAAGUUUGCGUGCAAAAGUGAAGUGGUUCUGGAGAAGCUGUGCAAGGCGUUCAAUUGGGCAGAUUUCGGCCAAUUCUGGAGGUUUCCUUUGCCGGUCUCAAGUGACGCUACCAGGAGGAUUGAGCGGAAGUGCUUUUGAGCAGCUCAGGCAAGGAAGAUUGUGUUCCCAGGUUGAAAGCUUUCCCUGGUAUAGGCCGUCGACGAGUAAUUCGAGGCAUAAUAAGAAGUGGUUGCUGUUGUUGCGGAAUUGGAAGUUGUUGCUGUUGCUGGGCAGUUGGAAGUUGCUGUGACUGGAGAUCGUUUAGAGGUGGCUGUUGCUGGAUUCGGUGGCUUUUUGGGAUUCGCUCUUGGAUUAGCUAGACUUGCCGGUGGUGACGUUGAGGAAACGGAAUCGGACUGGUGCUACUUGGCGAGAUCAUUGCUGGUGUGCGAACAGGUACGUGAUUUUUUUUGGUUCUUUUGUUUGUGGGCUACAACAUUGCCAUCGCGGUUGUGUUUGAAUUAUAUUUCUUUUACAUUUCAAGUGUCGUGCCUAAGUUGUGAUAAUGGGACUUAUCGGUACCAUUGACCCGUAUGUACAGGGUACAUCGUUUUCCCAUUAUGUUGAACAAAUGGAAUACAUUUUUUCAAGCAAUGACAUCCAGGAAGUUAAGAAAAAGGACAUCUUUUUGAGCUUGUGUGGGGUUACGGUAUUCCAUGAACUAAAGCGUCUGUAUCCUGCUACGGACCUUAAAACUGUAUCAUAUGCCGACAUUAUAAAGAAACUCAAAGAGAGGUACGAUAAGGUAGAAUCAGACAUUGUGAUGCGUUUUAAAUUUCGAUGCCGCGUUCAGGGACCGAGUGAAAGUAAUGAAAAUUUUUUACUUGACGUCAAGUUACUGGCCGAGACCUGUGAUUUUGGUGAGUUUAGGGAUUCCGCGAUUAGGGAUCAGCUAGUAUAUGGUGUAUACGAUAAAAACUUACAACAAAGGUUGUUGGAUGAAGAAAAUUUGACCCUAAAGGUGGCGGAACGGAUUCUGAAGACAAAAGAGGUAGCAGCGAAUAGUUCCCAGGCGAUCAAUAGAACUAGCGAGGUGCAUUCAGUUAAAGAAAGGCUUGGUUGGAAAGGUGAUAGGAUUGAAACAAGAGGUUACCGAGAAAGAGUUGGUGCGGAAAGAGGAAGAGAGAGGAAUCGUCACGAAAGAAGCUAUGAUAAUAGGCGUUUACAGAAGUCUUAUACGAACUAUAGGUCUCGGUCCCGAUCGCAAACCAAGGGACGCUAUUCUAAUUUCAUUUGCCAUUAUUGCAAUAUUAGGGGACAUAUCCAAAAGAAUUGUUAUAAAUUUCUGAAUAAAUCGAAAAAUGCGACAGGAAAUCCGGUGAAAUUUUUAGAGGCGGAAAAUGAGGAUAAUCUCCAUGACUAUUUCAAGCGGCUGAGGAAGGACUACGAUAGCGACGCAGAUUCAGAUUGCCAUCGGAGCACAUCUUCUCACGGCCCACAGGGGGCAGAUAAAGCUCAUCAAGAAGACUGAAAGGAGACGAAAUGUCACGUUCCAGGUCGGUGACAGUAUCACGAAUAGACGGGGAGAGAAAAGGCGAUAUACUGCGUCGGAUGAUGAAGAACCAUUCGAUGGUUUCGAGUUGUCGAAUGAACCCCCACCAGCUAGGAGUGAACUCCAUCCAGAGGCAUUGCAAGAGAUCGUGGAAACCAAAAACGCAUCGAAUUACCAACCAGUUGGAGCUCGAAAAUCGACUAGGAAGAAGAAGAGAGCAGAGCAUGAAGAUUUCCUGUACUAUUAAGCUACAUCAGUGUGAAUUUCAAGUGCCAUCGAAUAUUACGAUUGAUUAAGCGAAUUCAAGUAAAAAUACAUUUGUAAGGACAAGUUGAAUUCUUUGUAAGUUCUAGUUAAGUGAUGAUUACUAACUAAAAAGGGAAGGAAUUGUAUUGUAUUCAGUGUGUUAACUUUCCUUUCCCCGAUCACACACAAAUGAGAGAUAUAUUAUACCUUACCUGAUAGCAUCUUUUAUACACAUUGCGCCCGAUGAAGUUUGCUGUUGACAGCCUGAAAUAAACUAAAUCAGUUGUAUCCAGAA